AUGAAAUUCACAACACUUACAAGUAUUUUACUUACAACAGCAGUCAGUGUCUAUGCUCAGAUUACUGCGCCUACAAGAAAUUACAACGUAACAAGCCCGGUGACAAAUGGUCCAUAUGUCAUUGGACAGAUAUUACCGUGUACCUAUCGCUUAUUUUCUGAUGUCGAUAGUUCUGCACUGAAUCUACAAAUUGAUUUGGAGGCUCUGCCUGUAGGCAACACUAUUUCUUCUUCGUCCUCUUCGAAUGGCAACAACUCUACGACCAUCUCUAUUACUGCUUCAGCCGAUGUCUCGAAAACUGAUGCCUUUGUGAAAAGAGAGGGCAAUUUGACAUAUUACGAACAUUCUAUCAAUUUCAACAUACCUUCUACUGUAAAACCUGGCAACUACCAUGUCAUUUUCUUGGAUAAAUCUACCAGUACAAAAUUGGCAAUUCCUAUUGAAAUUCGACCGGCCGCUGUUCCUACAUCCACAGGCUUGAAAUCGCAAAGUACUAAUGCUCCCGGUCAGUCCUCUACACCAGGUUCUAUUUUUGCACAAGGUGCCGCCGCUUCAACUGUCAAAACAACUUUUGUCUCAACGAAGGUUGUGUUGGCUCUCUUUACGGUUGCUGGUGUCGCUUUUUUACUCUAG